CAUCACGCGCUUGUGUCCAAAGAGCGGCGCAUCUGCUAGAGUUUCAACAGAGCACGCUCCCUGCGCGACAGGUUUGAUGAGAAACCUCGUCUGCGAAACCUCCGGCUCACUCACCGGAUAUUUAUUCACCUGUAGGACGUUUUUACCUGGUCGCAGGACGCCGCGUCACAGUUUCGGAGGACUUGAGCUAUCCAUACAAUUCAAAAGGGAAUUUUGACACUAGAUUGUAAACCAACUCAAAAGGAAGGCGCUGAAUACAGCGACGCACUUUACAAUUAAGUUUCUGCGCUCGUACAUUGAAGGAAACCAGAGGAACCACAUAGCAGUUUUUAUCUCCAUCUGACUAUCUUGUUUUUUUUUCGACUCUGAGCUGACUGAGUUUAACAAGCGGAAAACCGACAAAUUAUUAAAGGUGGACUGUCCACCCUUCCCUCCGAUGACCAUGCCAGGACUGUUAAGCGCUCUCAUUCUCCUAAUUAUUCAAGGAAUGUUGGCUCAGCGUGUGAAGGUGGAGCCAGAAGUUGUGUCAUAUCCUGGUCAGACAGUGACACUGCGAUGCCAGUUUCUGAACCCAGGCGCAACCCAGCUCACUCAGGUGUCAUGGAUCUUUGAACGGACUGACACGGAGCGAACCAACAUUGCAGUUUUCCAUCCAACCUUUGGAGUAAAUUACCCAACAAAAUCCCCUCUAGCAGGACGUGUCAGAUUUAUGUCAGAUCCGCCCACUUUGGACAACCCAUCCAUUCAGAUCAGCAAUGUGAAGAUGACCGAUGAGGGCCGAUAUAUCUGUGAAUAUGCCACUUACCCCUCUGGAAACGAACAGGGCGUCUCUUCUCUGGUCAUGCUGGCUAAACCCAAGAACACAGCUACAACUGUCAAAGUUAGCGCCAGCACAACCCCAGUCAUCGUGGCAAGAUGUGAAUCAUCCAAUGGCCGUCCAGCAGCGACCAUUUCUUGGUCCACACCGCUUAAAGGAAACGUGACGCCGCCGAACACAACGGACAAUGCGAAUAAUACGGUCAGCGUCCAGAGUGCCUACAUGCUGGCUCCACAACCAUCGGAUAAUGGCAAAGACAUCAGCUGCAUGGUGUCACACCGUACCAUGCCCCUACCUGAGACCUUCCCGAUGAAACUUGUUGUUGAAUAUCCUCCCCAGGUGCAGAUCAUAGGGUAUGAUAAUAACUGGUACAGGGGUCGGACAAGUGCAUUUUUGACCUGUCAGGCAGAUGGAAACCCCGCCCCCACCACCAUCACCUGGAAAACUUUGUCUGGACUGAUGCCUGAAACAGUGCAGGUGCAGGAAAACCGGCUCGCUGUGCAAAAAGUAGAUGACACCAUCAACACCACCUUCAUCUGUGAGGUCAAAAACAGUUUGGGAUAUGGCAGAGAUCAGGUCACCGUCUUCGUGAGGGAACAACCACCUCCCCCCUCAAACAUGGGGCUGAUCGCAGGCGUGAUCUUCGCGUGUAUUCUGGCCAUCAUAAUUUUAGGUGUCCUCAUCUACUUCCUGGUAUUCCAUAAUCGCCGCCAACAGCAUGGUUACCGUGGCACCGGCAAGCCAGCCGGUGCUCCCUACGACUCCUUUACCCGCCUCUUUGGAUCUGCCAAAUCAAGCAAAAACGGCACCGGAAACAAUGGAAACAACAACACGCCCAUUUACAGAGGAGAGGUGGGGCUUAAUGAGAAAACGGCCAAUCAGGGCAUGCACCUGGGGGGCGUGGCUUUGCUCGAGACCACACACACUCACACAGCGGAGGAUAUCCUGCUUAGUAGAGAGAUGGAUGAGGUAGAAAGGAAGAAAUUCGAUGAAUUGGAAGAAGAAGAUGAGCGAUAUGAUCAUUUUGGUGGGGGCGGACCCAUCCUACAGCUCCGCCCACACGACGAUGACCUAGAUGAUGACAUGGAGUCCCAGAGGGACGGCUCUGUGAUUUCUCGGACUGCAGUCUAUGUGUAAGAGGAGAGCAGAAAGAGGUUCUAGGAGGGCGUUCGUGGACCUCUUCCAGGAGGAUUGAAUUUCUUCCUCUUAACGAAUAUUCAUUUUAUUGUAAAAACAAAUUAUGGCAUCAAAUACCAUGAGAGAAGGAUUAAUGGAUGGAGUGAGUUAAUGAAUGGAUGAAUUAAUAUGCUGGGUAUAGCACAGAUUAAAACAUUUAAGGAUCAGAUGAAGUAAAUGGAGACUACUAAAAACAGAACUGUCAGGCUUCCAUUUCUAAUUAUUGCUCUUGUUGUCAUGGUGACACAUUCUGAGUAAUGCGAAACUGCAGAUGUUGACACUGCGCGAUAUAUAUGACAUGCACACACAUGAAGUUAUAUAUGUAAAGCCACUGUGCUGUUGUGUAAUAGUUUUAACUUGUUCUUAUUUUCUAUCAAUCAUGGUUUCACAUUUAAACCAGUUUCAAACUUGAUUCACUCAGCAUGAGUUGAGUUUAAGUAGAGCACAUUCCUCGGCCCUACAUCUCUAUGGAAGCUGUCCUUGCGUAUUGUGUAGAUUUUGAAGAAGAGUCAAAUGUGCCCAGUGCUUUUGAUCUGUUAUACACUCAGUUAUGUCUAAUAUUAAUAACUAGCCACGCCUCCGUGGCGUGCCUUCCUGUAAAUUUAUCCACACACGCUCAUCUGUCUCGAGAUGACAUGCACAUUUCACUCAUUAUACAGCACUCAGUAUCUCAAUCCCGUGACAUGACUCACCAGUGAAUCAUUUGUUUUUUUCGGGGCUAAUCAAAUCAAACAUUAAUAAAUGGUGUGUUCGUUCUCACCCAAAUACAUUUAGUCAGGAAAAGAUGAGUUCAAGGCAGUGCUUUUUACUGUUUUCCUUAUUCAAUUUCCUUAUGCAUUCAGUCGUAAAAAACUGUAGCUUAGUGCUGUAGCAAUAAAAACAGCAAGUCAGGGUUACAUCCUUCUUCACAGUGAACUUUAAACCCUGAUGGAAAGGAAGUAUUCAACAGAAUUUAUUGUAAUAUGUUACAGUUAAACUUAAAAAGGUUUGUGUGCCACACAUGUAACACUUUACAAUAUUGUUCAGUUUGUUAAUAUUGGUUUUAGUUAUCAUGAACCAACAAUACUUUUACAGCAUUUAUUAAUCUAAGGUCAUGUUAAUUUAUAAAUAUACUAUCGUUCAUUAUUAAUGUUUGUACAUAAUACACGUUGAUUUAUAAACUUGAAAAGUUAAAAAUGUCAAAAUUGGCAUUAUUAACCAACAUUAAUAAAUGCUGUGGAUAUAUUGUUAAAAGUCAGUAGAUGAUGAUAUAUAAUGCAUUAAUUAUUGCUAAUGAGUUAAAUGUUAUUGUAAAGUGUUAUCAACAAAUCUAUAUUUAAAAACUAUAACCCAAGUCCAGGGUUACCAUGGCCACACAGCUAAAUAUACACCACAGUUUGCAUCGCAUACUGUUAUUUCCUUGUUUCAUUAUCGUUCCUCUCAGCCGGUGAGAUAAACUGCCUUGUUUAAUGGGAAAUAAAAUGAAGAAGCUGAGUGAAAGAUCGUGCAUAUUGUUCGAUGUGAGGUGAUUGUAAACUACUGUAUGUACACAUUUUAUUUUUCUUAAAAAUGAAAAAAAUCUAUACUUCUAAAUGUUGUAAAUAUGGGGACGGGGCGAGAUGAAUAUCCAGGUCGAAUGUUGCGCAUGUCAACCACGGCUCUGUGCGUACAGUACCAUAUGAGAGCACAUAUCACAUAUUUACAUCUGUGAUCUAGUAUCAAAACACAUUCACAUGGGGAAGCUUUCUAUGGGGUGUAUUUGGAGUGUGUGUGUGUGUGUGUGGGUGAGAGUGAGUCAGCAUGUUAAGUGGUGUCUGACUCGAGGGCAGUGAGUUAUUCCUCCAGUCUCUCAGGGUCUCACACACAAACACAGUCAGAUUUAAACUGGACAUCACACACACACACACACACACACACACACGUAUUCUUUCUCCCUCUAAAUCAUCUGUCAAACCAACUGCCCUUGAGUCUAUAAGUGUCCCUGUCUGUUCCGAGGGCAUAGUGGGUACCGUAGUGUUGUUUUCCCUGGGCUUCCGUCUUGAUUCAGUGACCCUAUUAGUGCCAGGUCUGGAUCAAUGCCGCUGAAAGAAGUUGUUCUCACCUCUGAAAGGGUGGUCAGUCUGACACGGGCCGCUCCGAUCCGUCUGGCACCGAAUAGGCCAUGGCUUCGACGCUGCCUAGUUUACAUCCUGAUUGAAAGGUCAGACUGCGAUCAGUGAAUGUGUGAGUAGAGGAAGUGAAUUCGUCACUCGUGCUCUGAGAGGCAGAGCGCUUUAGCUCCUCAUUAGAAGAGAACGCACUGACCUUCUAGCUCAACGUCUCCUCCAGGAAUUCCGUAAUGAAGGAACGGAUGCCUUGAGAAUAUUAAGAAAGUAUCCUCUGCGAUGGGAGACAGUUUAAGUAGCUUAGUUGUGAAUAUGGGAUGUUGCGGUCUCCUCGAUGCCGCCGUCCCUUGUUGUCUUGUUUAGAUGGUCCACAGUCCUGGUAAACACAUACACGCACAUUUAAAAGCCUUAAUGUCACUGUCACAAACUAUCCCUCCUGUGUAUAUAGUAUAAAUAUAUAAACGUGAUAUUCAUAAGGCUAAACGGUGAUGCCACGUCCUUGUGUAUUGUACUUCACUGUUGUGAGCAUGAAGGAUGCAUUUUUUUUUUUUUUUUGAGUUAGUAAUGCUUUAUAAUGAGGUUCAAUUAGUUAGCAUUUUUAAUGUAUUAGGUAUCAUGAAAUAGCAUCAUUUUUACAGCAUUUAUGAAUCUAAUGUUAAUUUAUAAAUAUUGGCUACUAUUGAUUGUUCAUAAUACAUUGGGGAAAGUUAAUUUAUUCGACUUGAAAUGUUAAAAAUAUAUUCGUUAAUGCAAACAAUAACAUUAACCUAAAUUAAUAAAUGCUUUAAAAAUGUUAAUUAUUUUGUUUCUUAAUGCAUUAAUAUUAGCAUAUUGAACCAUAUUGUAAAAUGUUAAUGAGUUUUAUAUCAGUUGAUUUUACUGCUUUUUUUUUUUUUUUUUUAACGCUCUGUGCUUUAAUUGUUUUUAUUCUGAGUGAUUUAUUGAUGCCUGUAACGUGUUUGUGCUGUAAACUGUUGAGCAGCGCUCUCAAACUCUCAUGGACACAGAAAACACAUCUAUGCUACUAAAUGCUUUACCGCCUUGUGUUGCUUUUAAGUUUUAUUUUGGUUGUCUGAAUGUUUUCACAGUCUGUGUAAUAUUGUCUUUUUUUAUUUGGUUGCAUAUUAAAGUCUUAACAGAUAUUU